AUGGCAGACUCCUUUAGUUGUUGUUUGGUUUGUCCAAUCACAUUUUCGUUAUUUCGUGAUCCAGUGAUUGCUGAAGAUGGUCAUACAUACGAACGUGAAUCUAUUAUUGAAUGGAUCAAACAUGAUUCCACUAGUCCAUUAACACGUGAACAAAUUAGUAUUGCAGGAUUGCGUCCGAACCAUACUGUUCGAAAUUUAGCCAGUGAAUUUCAAAAAAGUUUGUCAAAGCGUCAUUACAAAUUUAAAUUAGGUGUUGAUAUUAAACGUCUUCCAAAUCCAUUCUUUCAAUCCGCUGGUAAAGCACUCUUCAAAGCUCAAUGGAUUGGUAAUCCAAAUGGGCCAGACAUUGCUCUACUGAAAUUAUUUGGUGCUCGCGCUGAAAAAGAAGCAUCAUUUUAUGAGCAGUUAACUCGUCAUCCACAUGUUGUUUAUACAUAUGGUUUAGUUGAACAACCGGAUGCAAUUACCAGUACUCAUAUUUUGCUUUUACAAGAAAUGGCACCUCUAGGAAGCCUAGUUAAUGUUCUUGAUGAUUAUGUAGAAAAUCAUCCUAAUAAGCCACUAUCUGAUAAAUUACUUAAUCAUAUAUUCUUACAAAUAUCCGAUGCAAUGAUAUUUUUAUCAUCGAAAAGUGUUAUACAUGGUGAUUUAGCUUGUCGUAAUAUAUUAGUAUUUCAUUUUGAUGUCGACGAUCCACAUAGAACAUUAGUUAAGUUAACUGAUUUUGGUAUUAGUCGUGGCAGUUCGCUGUAUUCAAAAAUUGAUGCCGUACAAACAGCUAUUGAUACUAUACCCAUUCGAUCGUCAGCGCCGGAAGUACUUGAGAAUAAUUUUGAUAAUCCACUUGAUGUUUAUUCAGAAAAAUCAGAUAUGUUUGCUAUGGGUGUACUAAUGUGGGAAACGUAUUCAAAUGGAAAAACGCCAUGGGGUGAGGUUGCUAAAGAACAAGUAGUACGUAAGAAAGUAAUCGAUGGAGAACGUUUAUCUCGUCCAGCGAAUUGCAAAUCAGAUUGCCAAUGGAAUUUAAUAUUAAAAUGUAUGUCGCAAGAUUGUGAUGAUCGACCAACUUUUGCGGAAUUAGCAACAGAAUUGAAAAAAUUCAUAGAUCCAGAUAAUAAGUCAAAUUUAAAAAACUCGUAUCCAUUGGUAAACAAAUCGAAAAGUUUACCAUUUAAACAAGAAGAACAAGAAAAACUAGACGAAACUUCACGAUCUUCUUUCGUCAUACAAGAAACCAAAUCAAUAUCUUCUGAUGAUCAUUCUGAAAAAACAAAUCCGUCUGGUUCGUCGACUGGCAAAUAUGUAAAGAAAGCAUGUAAUUUUUUUGAACAGAAAAUAAUAGAACACAAACAACCAUUGAUCGGCCAACGAUGGAAAUCAACGUCAAAAUUGACAUCGUUGAAUGUACCAAAAAUAACUGAUAAAGCAUCACCUCGCGAAGAAUUAAUCAAAUUAACAAAAUGGCAUUAA